CUGUAAAUGAAUCCGCUUCCUACGAGUAGCCGUGAGGAUCAAAGACUUUUUUUUCGUAGUGCGCAUGUGCAAGUUAGCUUCGUAGCUAGCAGUAGCACCCUGCAAAUUUGGGGCUUGUAACUACAUUUUGAGGAUGGCAACAGAAGCGAAACGAGCCAAGGUGGUUGAUGGUGCAGAGCUGAGCCCCCUGCAGAACUUUCUACAGUGGUGUGACAGAGUGGGUCUGGUACUGAGCAGUAAGGUGUGUGUGAGUAAAGAGGGGACUGUGGCUGAAUAUGGGAUGCUGGCUACAGAUGAUAUAGAAGAAGGAGAAGUUUUAUUCACCAUCCCCAGACCAGCUCUUCUUCACCAGGGAACAACUAAGGUUUCUGCCUUGUUGGAAAAGGAGAAAUCCUCUUUGGAGAGCUCCUCAGGCUGGGUUCCUCUGCUGCUGGCUCUGCUGUAUGAGUACACGUCCUCCCAGUCCCACUGGAAACCCUACCUGUCACUGUGGACCGAUUUCAAGACGCUCGACCAUCCCAUGUUCUGGUCUAAAGAGGAGAGAGACAGUCUGCUGAGGGGAACAGGAGUCCCAGAGGCGGUGGACACAGACUUGGCUAACAUUGAGCGGGAAUAUACAGACGUGGUCCUGCCUUUCAUGAUCAAGCAUUCUGACCUGUGGAACCCAAACACACACACACUGGAGCUCUACACAAAGCUGGUGGCCUUCAUCAUGGCCUACAGUUUUCAGGAGCCGCAGGAAGAGGAAGACGAUGAUGAAGAUGAGGAAGAGGAGAAAGCCCCCAACCCUCCGAUGAUGGUUCCCAUGGCCGACAUGCUCAACCACGUGUCCAAUCACAACGCCAACCUGGAGUUCACGCCGGACAGUUUGAAGAUGGUUUGCGUGCGGCCCAUUCCUAAAGGCGACGAGGUGUUCAACACGUACGGACAGAUGGCCAACUGGCAGCUGCUUCACAUGUACGGCUUCACCGAGCCGUAUCCGAGCAACAGCAAUGACACCGCUGACAUCCCCGCCGCCAAUCUCUACAGAGUCGCCACACAAGGUAUCCAGUCUGAUCUGGACCGGCAGCUGAGGGAGGAGCAGUGGGAGAUGGUGUGUGAGAUGCUGCCGGAGAAAGCAGCCUUUGUGUUCGGCAAACAGGGCUGCCUCACAGACACAGAGCUGCACACUGCACUCAAGGUGCUGUGCAUGUCAGCCGAAGAGUUCUCAGAGUUCAAAGAAAACGAAGGCUGGGAGGAAGAUGAGGACGACGAGAAGAUCUCCCAGGCUUUCUCCAACGACGGUCUUCCUGAAUUAAAGCCUUCAUGGAAAAGGUUGAUUCAUGAGACGGCACGUCUGACUCUGAGAUCAUACGGAGAUGGAGAGGAGAAGCUGGGGGAAAAUGCGGUGGACGGCGACCGAGCGCUGAUGGAGGAUAAAGCAGCACUUGCAGGUCUGAGCUGCAGGCAGCAGAGGGCGCUGCAGGUUCGCUAUGGACAGAAGAGAAUCCUGCAGAGACUGAUGGAGCUCACAAAGUCAUGAGUCCAACUGUGACAAGGAGGGAGAUCAGUUUGUUAAUCAUUAAUCGUCUUUUUCACAACACGCAAUCAAUAAAUAUUUUUCUUGAA